AUGUCGAGAAAGGUCUCAACUUGGGAAGUGACCCAGCACAACAAGCGGGGUGAUGCGUGGAUUGUCGUGGACGGAGAGGUGUACGAUAUGACUGAAUUCGCGCCCGAGCAUCCUGGCGGACCGGAGAUUAUUCACAAGUUUUCCGGAAUGGACGCUACAGAGGAGUAUAGCCGAGUGCAUUCGCCUUCAUUAAUCAGGGAGACUCUGGGGGCAAAAGGUCAUGUCGGAUCACUGGACACAUCAACAAUAACAGAGGAAUGGAAAGCAGCCAAUCAAGCCAUAAAGCAGUAUGGAUCAACUCCACCGCAAGAGAAGCCAGCUCUCGAUGAGAUUUUCAACAUGGAUGACUUCGAAAAGGCGGCACAUGUGACGCUGUCGGACAAAUCAUGGGCAUACAUUAAAGGAGGCUCAAAUGACAACAUUACACGAGACGCAAACAGCUCCAUGCUUCGACAGAUCUGGCUGCGGCCCAAAGUUAUGCGCAAUGUUGGCACUGUGACGGCACAGACGAAGCUCUUCGGAUGUGACCUUGAGAUGCCAGUUUUCAUCUCGCCCACCGGAGCUGCGCGAGCAGGCGGUGCUGAAGGUGAGCUGACUCUGGCUCGAGGCGCUGGUGCGGCCGGUAUUGUGCAUUGCUUCGCGACGCCAUCGUCAUACACUCACCUCGAGAUUCUACAAGAGACAAAACGCCAUGCCUUCUUCCAGCUGUACGUCAACAAAGACCGGUCCAAGUCCGAGGCUAUUGUCCGCACAAUCGAGGCUACCGGCAAAGUAAAGGCCAUUCUCGUAACGGUCGACGUCCCCGUGAUCCCCAAGCGGGAAGAUGACGAGCGCGUAAAGUCAAAAGAACAGUUGCAGAUAGCUGGAAUUGGUCUAAGCCCCGAAAUUGUGGUUGGCGACAAUAAAGGUGCUGGUAUGGCACGUCAAGUAUCGUCAUUUAUCGAUCCGACAUUUAGUUGGGACGAUUUGAAAUGGCUGCGAAGCAUUACUGAACUGCCGAUUGUCGUCAAGGGCAUCCAAAGUGCAGCCGAUGCCAUCAUGGCUGCGAAAAUGGGAGUUCAAGGUAUCGUGAUCAGUAACCAUGGUGGUCGCGCGGCCGACACUGCGCCGCCAACCAUUCUCGUCUUGCUGGAGUUGCAGAAGCAUUGCCCUGAGAUAUUCAGCCAGCUUGAAGUUUUGAUCGAUGGCGGGUUCCGACGAGGGUCGGAUAUCGUCAAAGCCAUUUGUUUGGGCGCAUCUGCCGUUGGACUCGGCAGGCCAUUCCUCUACUCCUUGGGCUACGGCCAGGAGGGAGUAGAGCGCGUAGCAUGGAUUCUCAAAGACGAAAUAGAAACGGCUAUGCGCCUAUGCGGCAUGACGGAUUUGAUGAGAGACGCACAUCCGGACUUUGUGAAUACCAGUAGCCUGGACUUGAUGGUGCCUGGUCUUAAGCAUCCCUACGCGCGCAAGGUUAACAAGUCUAAUGGAUGGUUGAGUUCACUCCGGUCCAAGCUGUAA